CUUGGCAAGCGAAGUUGCUGAAAGCAGCACGCAUUGGCGCUGCACCGCGUUCAUUGCAAGUUAGAGGCUCCCCGGAGGCGUUCGUGCUGUAAGGAAUCAGAUCCUUGCACGGCCCUUGCCGCAGACGACUUAUGCGGUACUUGCUGCUGCUGCUGACACAAGCCAGGCAAUGUGCAGCGCUGCAUCGCGCGCUCGCGGCAUCGCGCGCCCUUGAUAACUGUCCCCCUAUUGCCACCCGCCAUCGACCCACUGCGCCGCAACACUUGCACUUGCACGCGCGCGGCAAUCAACGCCGUCGGCCAACCUGCAGCUGCGCCGGCCAGUGUGCGAGCAAUCGACCCGCCGUGCGACACGUCGAGGACGAUGCCACUCUCGAAGCCGUGGACGAAGACCCUCGCGGUCCACGGCUGGGGAAGACGGGUGCGGUGGGCGCGGGCGCGCGCCCUCGACGGCGUAGGAGCUGUUGCUCGGCAGCGGCCGCCCCUACCCGCGCCCAAGUUCGCCCUCCUCCACGCCGUCGAGGAGACGCGGUUCAGAGACGACGUCGCGUCGAUGGCGUGGGGUUCUCGCGGUUCGGGCCCGCAAGCCCCGUCCACAUGCGCUUGGCCGGGGCUCACUCGACGGCCGACACGGGCUGCGGCCGCUGCGAGACGAGCGUCGCGCGGAUCUGCGGCGUGACGACGAAGGUCACCGCGGGAGGAGGGUCGCCACCACGUAAUCGGUUCGCCAGUCGACGCGCCCGCGGAGGACACGUUGUAUCGACACGUCGACGGUGUCACGGGCACCACGACGACGUGGGCGCGAUCUUCGCCGUCGCGCAGGAGAUCGGCACGUCGAUCUUCCUCGCGAACAAGGGUCUCGAGCGACGGCAAGCGUCUGCAGCGCCUCCGCGUUCCGCUCCCGUCGCGCCGUCGCGACGUGUUGGCGGGACGGGUGAACGCCGGCGCUGGCGCCGCGACGGCGGGAUGGGGACGCACGCCCGUGCAGCAGGCGCUGGUCGCGGGGGUGCUCAUAGUACCUCGUCGACGAGUGCUCUCGAUCGGGGACGGGCGGCUUCAUCGAAUUUUGCGUUCGACGUCGCCGUCGGCGCCUGCGUAUUGCUUUUACGAGACGUGCCUCAGCGAGCGGCCAAGGCGUCGUUCACGCCGGCGCGACGACCGCUGCGAUCCUCUUGGAUCGCGAGGGGCGGUCAUUUGAAGCUGGCGGACCCGACGCAUGGCCGCGCACGGCCACACACGCGAGCCUUGUCAUCUCGCCCGAUGGCGUGGGAGGCGUUCGGCAGCAGUUGUAGGCGCCCGGAGCUUGUUCGACGGGCACGCCAAGGUCUUGGCGCCUGUCCACGCCGCGCGCGCCUGGAGCGCGCCGCCGCGACGCGCCGACCUGCCCAUCGUAACGACCGCGUCGACGACGCAAGCCGUGGAGCUGGCACAAACGAUCCGGAGGGCCGCGGCGAGCCCGCGCCGUCGCCGCGACGAGCGACACCGGCGCCUCGACCGACGGCACAACGCGUUCGUCAGGCACGCCAUCGACGCCGAGAGUUGCGCUGGCCGCGGCGCCCGCCCCUUCGACGGCGACGGCGCCCACCACUGGAUGGGAUGUCGAAGCUUCGGCGUGGCUGGCGCGUGGCACCAGAGAGUUGCAAGCGGCCCGCGGUAGUCGCUCUUCCUGUAUCUUGUGUAGUUUAAACCCAAC